AAACAAGAUGGCGCAUGUAAACUACUCCUGAUUUGAAAGGGCAUCUUGCCCAAAUACACUGGAUAAACAUCGAUUUCAGAUUUAGAUGGCAACAGAAAUGAUUCUGAUGUGUGGCGGCCUGUGAACUUGGUGGACAAGCCAUCGUAUCAGUCCCAUCAUGGCACAGAUUAAGACAUUUGCUCGACUGAAGCCCUCGAGGAAGCCGUACCCUGGCUAUGAGAUCAACAAAAAUGUCCUCACUCUUCACAUUCCAGACAGCAAGGACUUCCUUAUGCUAGAUCCUGUACAAGCAGUACACAGUAACCUCAGCUAUGAUAUCCUCUUUACAAACAUUUUCCAACCAGAGACAACUCAAGAGGAAGUUUUUGAUGGAGUUGCCAACAAUAUCAUCCAAAAUUUCCUGAAUGGGUACAAUGGCACAAUAUUUGCUUACGGGCAAACGGGAACGGGAAAAACCUACACUGUGGAAGGAAAUGCAUGCAAAUACAAAACCCGUGGACUGGCUACGAGAGCUUUGAGCAUGAUCUACCAGCAGCUGGAGUCAAGGACGGAUGAACACAUCUCAGUGUAUCUGUCUUACCUGGAGAUAUAUCAGGAGUUUGCCUAUGACCUCCUGAACCCUGCUUCAAGGACUGUUUUACCAGUGGCUCCAUUUGCCAAGGUUACGGUGGUGGAAGGUCCGCAGGGCUCCUGCAUUUUGCGAGGGUUGUCCCUGCAUCUGGCAGCCAAUGAGGAGAUUGCCCAGAUGUUGUUGCUUCAGGGCCAAGCCAAUCGCAAAGUUGCAGAGACUCCAGUCAACAUGCGGUCAUCUCGCUCACAUGCCGUCUUCACUGUGUACCUGCAGGCAAGGAAACACGACUCGGAUGUCAUGGUCAGCUCCAAACUCCAUCUUGUGGACCUAGCGGGCUCGGAGCGUGUGUCUAAGACAGGAGUGGACGGCCAGCAGCUGACGGAGGCCAAGUCCAUCAACCUGUCGCUGCACCACCUGGAGACCGUCAUCAUUGCCCUGCAGGCGGAGCGGGCGGGCAGUGCCGAGAGGAGCAGGCCCGAGACCAACCCUAACGCCAGUCGGAGCAAUAACUCCUUUAUGUCUGGCCGGUCAAGCGACAACCUGGGCCGCGGACCCAAGCAUGUGCCUUACAGAAACUCACUCUUGACCAUGGUGCUCAAAGACUCUUUAGGGGGCAAUUGUCUGACGGCCAUGAUCGCCACCAUAUCCCUGGAGGCGGAGAACCUGGGAGAGUCCAUCUCCACGUGCCGCUUUGCCCAGAGGGUGGCCUGUGUGGCCAACAACGCCCGGCGGAACGAGGAAAUAGAUGACAAGACGCUGAUCCGACGCCUCAAGCACAAAGUGGCUCACUUGGAGAAGCAAGUCGCACUGCUUAGGUCAAAAGGCACGACUGAACCCCUGACUGCAGAGGAUAUGGUUGGUCUCCUGACGGAAGAAGAUCGUGUGGCCUGUGCUGAGAUCAUGGAUGGCUACCUGCGUGGAGUUGUGACUGACCCGAUUGCUGCAGGCAUCUGUGACCAGUGCCGAUUCCGAGAAUGUCUGCACCUCCUGCGGCAGCGAUUCCUCCACUCGGACGACGCCCAGGGGAAGACCUUAGCUCUGGAGGGUGCGCCGGUGUCUGCCGGGAGCCUCGGCCCUCCCCACCCGCACCACGACAGCGGCGACCAUGUCACUCGAAACUCUUCUGUCCCUGAGGAGUCUGAAGAAAACUCUCAGACCCCUUUGUUGUCAGUGGAGAAUCAAACUGACAGGCCACCAGGACCAGUGCGAGAGGGAUGGGCGUCGUCGUCGACUCCUCAGACUAGCAGCAUGUCCUUCACCUUGCACGGUGGCCAGUCUUCUGCGGGAGGCCCCAACGCUACAGUUGCCACAAAUGCACACACGCAGACUGAGAAGAAACUCAAAGGAAAAGAACGUGUGGAGGAUGUUGAGAAAAAAGUGGACGAGAUCAGUCACCUCCUGCACACUAUCGGCAAGGACAAGUACCGCUCGCCGUUUGAACGACAGAGGGAGAAGGAGAUCAAGCGGCUCAACAAGAAGCUCAACCUCCUGGACCAGAGCCAGCAGGAGCAGGAGGACGAGCUGCAGGAGAUGAAGAAGAACUCGGCCUUGGAGGAGCUGCAGACGGCGGAGACCAACCUCAGACUCAAGCUGCAGGUUGCGGAGGACCAGGUUGCAGACCAGCACGCCUACCUGCUGCAGCUGAGGCACAUCCAGGCCGACCCAGAUCUCAUUGACCGGGAACAGCUGGUGGAGAGACACCUGAUUAAAAGACAGACGAGGUUCCAAGAUAAGCUGAAAGAAGUACUGGAUUCCCGUGAAGAGCUGGAUCAAGCUAUCUUUGGGAAGGGGGUGGGCCAGAGUGACUGGACCAAUGGUCUAGGCAAAAAGACGACCCUGGAAGACAAGUUUGGCCAGUACAAACAAGCAAAAGGAUCUCUGAACACACGCCAGGUCUUUGAUAUGCUGAAAAAUGAGGAGAAGAAAAAGAAGAAGGAGUCCGACAAACUGGAACGGGAGAAAGUGGUGAUAAAGACGAAGCAUCUGGCCAUGAAGGAGGAGGCAACUCUGGAGAAGUUGAGGGAUCUCAAACAAAUGUUGAAGCAAUCCCAGCAGGGAGGUGUGAGUCGGACAGUCCCGCCACCUCCUGGGUUCUCCGAGGGAUUCGGCCAGCCCCAGGAGAAGAGUCCAGACCAGUCUCAGAGGCAGAUGGUCAACGAGGCUUGUCAGACCUUUAAAAUGCCUAACUGGCAUGUCAACGGCAACAACAUUGACAAUUCUGUGAAUGAAUACGGUCAGUGCGCGGGGAACGGGAAUGUUCCUUCCGUCAGAAAAACUUUGCAGUCUGUAGGGAAAAAGUUGUCAUCUAAUCCAACAGCAUUCCAAGUUCAACAAGACAUGGAGCUGGGAUCAGGAAACUUUUCAAAUGGACAUCAUCCCAACGACCAGCUUGUUUUCAAAGGGGCUGCUGGUGGCCACACACACAAGGGAGAAUUUCUUGUUCCUGAUAGCUGCACAGACCCUACACAGAACGGAAAACACGUUUCUCACACUGUUUUUCAUACCAGCGGACAGCUGGAUGGGGCAUAUCUUUCAGACACACCAUCAAACAUCGGUGAGAUGGAUCCUCAAGUAGUGCGGUCAGUCCACGACCCCAGACACAGCCACAAGUUUUCCACCACGGACUCGAAUGAGUCUGCCGCCCCUGUCCCAAAGCCGCAAAGAAUGGUGAACUCCAACGACCACAAUAACAAUUGUAGUUCAAAGGGUUGGAAACAUGAUACGGGUCAUGGUGGACGGGAUGUGGCUGGAGGGGGUCAGAGUUUGUCUUCAGGAAGAAAAGCAGGUCAAAAUUAUGCUAAGUAUGAAGCAACACCUGAUUGUUAUGAUGAUGACCUUAAGGUGUCGGAUUUAAUGUCUGACGUUCCAGUUCCAAAAGCAGACAGAGCUCGAAAAUUAGAAAACCAUUCUCCGUCGCCCCCUCCUUCAUCUCAACUGGCCCAGAUUAGUCAAAGGGAAGAACACUUUAGCGAUUCUGCUCAACAGCUCAAGCCAACCAGCAUUAUGUCUUUGUCGAGAUUCACGUCUUCCGCGACCAAGACAACACCGUCCCCAGCUUCGUUAACGUCCACCGUGCUGCCCAGUGAAUACGUGCACUCUAUGUCAAGUGAGGAAAAAUUUGACGCCAGGAAGAUGGGUUUGUCCUCUCGCACAUUUGACUCUGCUCUUUCCCACAUGCUGGACAGUGAUCUCCUUUCAAAGAUAGCUGAUUCGACGUCGGAUGCAGAACAAUAUGAUAAAUACGCUCGUGUAUCCUCCACUUCACCUUAUCGGCAGCCGCAGAGGAACCGCUUCAGCAACAAAUCAUCGAGCCAGGCUCGGGAAUCCUCACAGCCAAAGAAAGGUCAAAGUUCAAAGGUUACAUCAGAUGCCAAGUCCAUGUGGGGACCAGAUAUUAAGUCAGUGUCAGUAGCUGACCGACUACAGAACUUCUUGGACACAACUAUGAAACCUUCAGGGGACAGCAGUCCUGGAGCCAAUGAGAAAGCUGCUGGCAAGAUGCUGAAGCCACACAAGAGGAAGAAGAGCCCUGUGAAGGGAAGAGAUUCCUUCUCCCGCAAGCUGUCUCAGUACCAAGGUGAUGAUGACUACAGUGAGGAUGAGGAAGACGACUCCUUCUUUGGAAGCCAGCCGGCACAAGUACCACUGAAAGCCCUGACAGAGGAGGAGGGACAGAGGACGUAUAUGUCACGAGUGGUCGCGGAGAAGGAACGUGUAGCCAAAAUACGAAAGGCUCAGGACGCUGCUCAAAUGAUACAAAGAACCUGGAAAAAGUUUCAUUCGAGAAAUGCAAAAUAAUUGAAAAAAUGAAAUGCAAAGAGGAAAACCUGUUAUGUAGAAGGAGAAAACAUUUUUAUGAUAGCAGAUUUAAAAAACAAAAGUGUUUUGGGAAAGUAAAGAAGUGAUUUUCUUUUUCUCCUGAAAUGCUCAUUUUAGAUGGAGUGAACAGAAAUGAAUAUUACUGUUAUUUUUCUCAGUUUGGAGGACUAUUGCUUGGUGCUAUCUCUAGUUAAUUCUGGGGGAAAUGCGCAGCUGAGAAAACUAAGUGUGAACGCCAACCUGGAACAAGUUUACGAAAGUUAAAGAGGGUUCAACCUUGUGGAUUGAAGUGAAUUUGGACAAAUCAAUUACAUAGGACUUUCCCUGUGAGAAAUGCCAAAUUCUGAAGUGAGGACACAUUCAUCAGCACUCAGAAGCCUACAGAUAAACUAUAGUUUUAUUCAAUAAGCAGGGCAGCGAUAAAGGUAUUCUGAGGCAGGAAGCAAAUCCUACCCUGACUCAUAAAAGCAUUUACAGUAACAGUGUUGAUAACAAUCUGUUAUGCAACAAAGACUUAAGUUGCCGACAAAAU